AGAGAACAAGGAUGAGAAAUGGAGGUACAUACCACUCCUCCAUGCUGCACUCAGGGGAGACUGGGAUUCCGCCAAAAGAAUCUUUGACCAAGAUGAAGCUGCAUUCACUGCCAAUAUCACUGAUUACGAGGAGACGGCACUCCACGUGUCGGUUUCAAGUGCAAGGUCAAUAGAUUUUGUAAAGAAGUUGGUGGAUUUGAUGCCGGCAGAGGCGUUGGAACUGCCUAACGUUUACGGUAUGACUGCCCUUCACAAUGCUGCAGGAAUUGGAAACACCAAGGCUGCGACUAUCCUGGUGGACAAACACCCUGCCUCCUUAUAUAUUUCUGACAAUCUUAAUUGGUUGCCGCUUCACUGGGCUGCUGAUUGUGGACAUAAGGAAACCCUUUUGUAUUUAUUGAGCGUCACAAAGGAGGAUCAUCCAGUGUCCAUGCCAUUCGCAUGCUCGUCUGGUGCUCAGCUUCUCUCACGUGUAGUAGCUUCUGAAUUUUACG